ACAGUUAUUAUAGUGAACAUGAUUCCAUAAUGACAAACCGACCAGCAGAACCCGCGACUCCUUGUCUCCCUACACCAGAGACAUUUCCCUUCCCCUAUCCUAAGCCUUAUGACAUCCAGCUAGACUUAAUGCGCGUCGUCUUUAGGGCCAUCGAAGAUGGCAAGAUAGCAAUUGUCGAGUCACCCACAGGAACGGGUAAAUCGCUAUCCCUUUUGACGUCAACCCUCACUUGGCUAUCCCAGCAUCAAGCAAGACUCGACACUGCCGCCGAAGUCUCUCUUCGAGAACAAUUUUCAGCUGACGAUCCCGAUGACCCACCAUGGGUCAUUGAACAUGCAAUCAAGGCAAAGAUGAAUGAGCUCAGGGCUGUACAGCUGGAGAGGGAAGAGAGACUUGAAAAAGCAAGAAAAAAAGAGAAGCAGAUGAGAAGGGAAGGUGGUGUAGGAGCGUUUAGACAUGGGCUAGGAGGUGGGAAGAGAGUCAAGACAGGAGCUGAGGGUGUGGGAAAAGCAAAGACCGGGGAAACUAAAGAAGAUGAUUUCUUGCCCGAGGAUAAGGAGGAAGAUAAUGAAGAAGGGCCUUAUUUGUCGAGAGAGGUGCGCGAGCUGAUGAGCAAAUUCGAACCUUCAGGGACCACACGUAAAGAAGCGGAUGAAGAUGAGGAAGACGCGCCCAAGGUAUACUACACUUCACGUACUCAUACACAACUCCGUCAAUUGACUUCCGAACUUCUCAAAACAUCAUUUGCCAGCUAUGAUUCUGUACCGGAAUCUUCUUCAGCUGAAGCACCGUCACAUGGUGUCAGCUUAGUCCCCUUAGGAAGUCGUAAACAGUUGUGUAUAAACGAAAAGGUUCGGGCAUUGGCUAGAAAUGGCGGUGAUGAAAGGAUGAACGAAGCAUGUUUGGAUAUGCAAAAGUCGGGUAAAGCAAGAUGUGAAUUCUUACCAGCAAAAGCAGACGAAAUAACGAUGCUUGACGCACGAGACACGAUCUUAGCGUCCGUAAAAGACAUUGAAGAUAUUGUGACGAUGGGGAAGAAAUCUUGUGUCUGCCCGUAUUAUGCUACCCGUAAGGCUGUAAAGCAGAGCCAGAUUGUUACUCUACCAUAUAAUUUGCUUCUUCAGAAGAAUUCUCAUGAAGCCCUGGGUAUAAAGCUCAAGAACCAAGUAGUGGUUAUUGACGAAGCCCAUAAUUUGAUCGACACACUCCUGUCUAUCCAUUGCACCACUCUGACCUCAACAAAUCUUGCCAACGCAGUGUCCCAACUCCAGCAAUAUCUCCAACGCUUCAAAUCACGUUUAAAACCCAUACACUCAUUGUGGAUUCAGCAGAUCUUGAGUUUGCUCCAAGGUCUAAUCCGCGUUUGCGAUAAGUUUUUUCAAGACGCCAAAUCCCAAACGAAGGAGAGCAAACCGGUAGGAAAGCCCAAAGUAGAAGUUCUUGAUGUAAAUAAUCUUAUGGGGAGAAUUGGGGGCGGAAGUGAUCAGGUGAAUCCUAUAGAGCUACUAGCCUAUCUUAAGGAGAGUAGACUCGCGAGAAAGAUAAGCGGUUUCUCCGAGCAUGUGGCGGAGCAAGCUGCUUUGAAAGACGCCAAGACCUCACGAAGCGCCACAGCUCGACAUGCAUCGAUAGCGGCCUUUCACAAUGUAGAAUCCUUCCUGUUAUCCCUCGUAGAUGCGAAGGAUGACGGUAGGAUUAUUUUGUCCAUUGAUGAUUUGGAUAAAUCAGAGCCGGUUGUCGUCAUCAAAUACGUCUUACUGAAUCCCUCUGAGAGGUUCAAGGAAGUUGUCGAAGAAGCUAGGAGCGUAAUCUUAGCUGGAGGUACAAUGGAGCCUAUAACAGACUUCUUGCAACAACUCUUCCCUUCUAUACCUAAAGACCGCCUCUCGACUCUUUCCUGCUCACAUGUCAUACCCAAAGAGAAUCUUCUCACUCAAGUCGUCAGUGUGGGUCCGAGAAAAAGCGAAUUUGAGUUUAAGUUCGGUAAUAGGAAUGAUGAGGCUUUGUUAACCGAUCUGGGAGCAGUCCUACAAGCUACGAUAGGUGUGGUACCAGACGGCGUCGUUGUCUUCCUCCCAUCGUACGCUUUCUUGGAUAAAGUGAGAGCUUUCUGGACGAAGUCGGGAUUGUUGCAAAGGUUAGGUGAGCGUAAACAGUUGUUCUAUGAACCUCAAACGUCUGGUGACGUUGAGACAAUUCUUCGUGAUUAUGCUCUGGCUAUCUCAUCUUGUUAUGCGACAUCUACCUCUGGUCAAAAGUCUCGUAAGACAGGUGCACUUAUGUUUGCGGUCGUCGGAGGUAAACUUUCAGAAGGUAUUAACUUUUCGGACAAUCUUGGCCGCUGUGUAAUCAUGGUUGGCCUUCCGUUCGCCAAUGUCAGCUCAGUUGAACUCCAGGAGCGUAUGAGAUACGUCGAAACUGUCCCAGGUGCUGGCCAAGGGGCCUCUAGGGAAAUGUACGAGAAUCUGUGUAUGAGAGCCGUCAAUCAAUCCAUCGGCCGAGCCAUCAGACAUGCCAAUGACUAUGCUACAAUCCUACUCGUGGAUAAACGCUACGCGACUUCUCGUAUCCGUAACAAACUUCCGAAGUGGAUUGGAAAAGACGUAAAGGUGCCGCAAGACUUUGGGGGAGUUGCCAGAGGGGUAGCGGCAUUUUUCAAGGAAAAGAAGGACAGGGGACUUACAUGAUAUUAUUGUAUAGUAGUGUAUUUCAUCCUGUAUAUGUUCUCUUGAUGAGCACUAUAUAUAUUAUCAUUGCAACAGCUUAAGCGAAGUUUCUUUUGUAUAGUUUUCAUUCCUGCAACCAUAAACACUUCUAUACACAUCACUAC